AUGUGUGAUGGAUGGACGGAUAGAAAAGGGAGAACCUUGAUUAAUUUCUUGGCUAAUAGUCCAAAGGGAAGUGUAUUUAUUAAAUCAGUUGAUGCAAGUGAUGAAUCAAAGACAGCGGCAUUGUUGGCUAGUUUGAUUGAGAAAGAAUUGAUGGAAAUUGGUUCUGAAAAAGUAGUUCAAGUUGUUACAAAUAAUGCAUCAAAUAAUGUUGCAGCAGGGAGAAUAUUGGAAGCAAAUUUUUCUCACCUAUACUGGACUCUAUGUGCAGCUCAUUGUAUAGAUUUGAUGUUGGAGGAUAUCUUUAAGAUCCGUGUUUUCAAAGAAACAUUCCGCAAAGCUGUUGAGCUUACUGGUUUCACAUAUGGCUCUUCAGGAGUUCUAAAUAUGUUGCGGAAGUUUACUAAUGGAGUAGAAUUGCUAAGGCAGGGCAAACUAGAUUUGCUCGCUUUUAUUACACUGGGAAUGAUUCAUCUUCAGAAAGCCAACAUUAGAAAAAUGUUUACUUCGGAAAGUUGGACAACUAGUAAAUGGGCUAAAGAGGUGAAAGGCAAAAAGUGUGAAAGGACGGUUUUGAGUCCUGCCUUCUGGAAUCAUGUUGUUUAUGCUCUUAAGGUUUAG